CUAUUUUCGGCACUGCUGCGAUCCGAGCAGACGAAUGGCACUACCCGACGCCCGCACCCAAUGGGGUAAUUAACGAUCCGGAGCACUGGGGUGGACAAUGCGACAACGGUCGGCGCCAAUCACCGAUCGACCUGACGUACCAAGCCGCCGUCAAGGGAGAUUUUUCCCCGUUCCUGUUCAGCAACUACAUGAAUCCGAUCCGAAAUGCGCAGCUGACCAAUACCGGCCAUUCCAUCCAAAUCGACAAUACUGACCCCUCGGUAACGCUGUACGGCGGAGGUCUUCCAGGUAAAUUCGUUCUGGACCAGAUGCACUUCCACUGGGGCUCCGAGCACACCAUCAACGGUGUCCGCUACGGUCUCGAGCUUCACCUGGUUCACCAUGACUCCCGGUACGCUAGCCUCACCGAAGCCGCCGCCGUCAAGAAUGCAGUAUCCGUCAUCGGAGUUCUGUUCCACGUAUCCAACCAGGACAACACCCACCUGGACGUACUGCUGGAAACCUCGAACGACAUCCGGGAUGCCGCCGGGAAGAGCGCACCCCUCAAAGGUAAGCUAUCUCCCCAUAAUCUGCUUCCCAAAAACCGCACGUCCUACUUCCGGUACGAGGGAUCCCUCACCACGCCAACCUGCGCCGAGUCCGUCAUCUGGACCGUGUUCACCGAAAGCCUCCCCGUCUCGUUGGAUCAGGUCGAGCUGUUCAAAACUAUCCACGACCCGACCGGACACGAACUGGUCAUCAACUACCGCUCGCUGCAGCCACUGAACGCCCGCGCUCUGGUCUACACUACCGAAAUUGAUUACUCGGGAAGCGGUUCUGCCCAGAUGCUUCCGGUUACGCUGGUCACCCUGCUCGGUACAGCAAUUGCCGCUCUGCUCGCCAUGUAAGCAGUCAUAAAUCAUACAAAUAUGGAACGAAAUUGAGUAGGAACCCAACAUACGUGAAUUAGUCUGUGAAUUAGAGGUGCUUCAUCAGUGGAACCAACAAUUGUUGCCAAUUUAGGGAACGGAAGUCCGAGGAAGGAGUUUGUGAUAGUCUGUGUUCGGUAGCAUAGCUACGAGGAGAAUGGGAAAAGCAUUUCGACUGUGUGCUUGUUCGCUGUAAACUAGAUUUGGUUUUGUGACAUUAGCUUUAAGCAACUCAAAUCAUAGUCCCAAGGAUAAUAGUUUUUAAGAGUAGAAGAUGUAAUGAAGAUUAUAAUAUAUUAUUAUAAUUAUUCAUAGGAAUUUUAACUAGCACUAGCAGUUGUACGAAAUGUCGAACAAUAAAAGUUUACUUUAGUUGAAUGUAA